AUGAGCAUGACAAGAAUUUUGAUUUCAAGUUUACCAAUUGAUUCAGAAACGACGUCACAUGUGACGUUGAGAAGAAGAAAUUCUUGCAUAAAUUAUCUGUUUCAUGGUACAUAUCCUGAUUUUUGCGGUAUUUUUUCGAUGCUUUAUGUAAAUCUUUACUAUCAUUUUUCCUUGAUUCAGUUGAUAGUGGUCAAUGAAGUGAAUAUAACUAAAUGUCCGAUUAAUAGAAUACAUGUUCAACUCCAAAUCAAUAAUGUUAGACUGGAUGUCUUCAAAACAUUACGUCGUGGAAAAUUAUUCUCCCGAGCUGCUGAUUUCUUUAAAAAUUAA